CACUAUAUGACAAGUGUCAGCUUAACCACAUGUCUGCCAGAAACGCCAUUGCUAGACCUAUGAUGGUAACACUCAAAACGCUAUGAAGUUAGGAUGAAUGAAGUAAUCUGACUUAAAGCGACAUCAACUUUUGGAGAAAAAAAGGAGAUGCUUACAGUCCAAUCAUGUCAAAACCUAUCCCCAUUAUCACCUGGGGGUUGUGAGGACCACCUCUCCGUCAGCUCCCUAGCAGAAUCUCCAAGCUCCUCUCGCCGUAGCACCCGCCUCCUCACCAAUGGCUACUAUGUCCUGUCAGACGACAGCAUUCUGUCCGAGGAUGAGGGAAACAUCUCCCCCUCUGCCUCCCAAGCUAACAUUUCCUACAAGGAGAACAUGGUUCGAGUGUUUAACAGACGCAAGAGGAGGUCGUUCAAGUCACUGGCCAGUGUGUUUCACAUGAGCCAAUCGCAUGAGUCCUUGCUGGAGGGGAAGGUGCCUGAUAGGAUGCCUCAGUCCACGCUUACCCACACAACAUGGAUGAAGGGCACUGAAGAGGGAGAUGGCGACUUGAUUCGAGAUCAUGGUGCAAUUCCAACACAUCCAGAGAAAACUACUCCGCAGACUCACCAAAUGGGGGGGCUGCAUGAUUUGCCCCUGGACAACGAGGCCUGCUUUUCUAAGGAGCAGUUCAGUCAUUCCCUGGGCGGGAUCCUGGACAUCGCAGCUCAGUCGCCAUUCACUGCUACGAAGCUCCGUCAAAUGAAACUGCUGACAGGCUCUAAGACCCAGAAAGUUCUAUUCUUCAUCAUCAUUCUGUUAGUCUGUCUUCUUACAGCAGUGUUCUCAUGGUGGAUCUUGGGGGGUCUGCUUUUGGCUUGUGUUACCUUUACCUUGAUUUUGGCUUCCUAUUUGCUUACAAAUACAACACUUCGGACCACAAGACUGCAUGAAACAGCGGGAAUCACCUCCAAUCAGGAAUAGCAGAUUAAGGGGAAAAGGAAGACAUAUAUAAACUAAAUAUGAUCAUGUAUACACACUUAAUGUCUGUCAUACAUUUUACAAAACAUACAUUUUAUUAUGCACAUUCUGACAAGAUUGCCAAAUAUUUUGAUGUACAGUUUGUUUUGGAAAGUAUGGGAAAAAUCAAUUUUAUCUAACGGCGCACAUAUAGUAUUUAAGUAAACAAAUAACUACUUUUUACAUAGUGUUAAAGCUAUAAUUGAUUGUGACGAUAUAGGGGGUUUUGUGACUCAGCUGGUACCUCUGGAGUGUAGGUUCUCCUCUCCUCACUCCUCCACGUGUUUCUCCUCUUGUCAUAUGGUUUUCCUCCCUGGCGUCCCGUCUAGGGUGUAGCCCAGCCCCAUGCCUCAUGCUACCUGGGAUAGGCUGCACCCCAACCCCCCCUACCCCCCUGUGGAUAUACACAUUAGGCAAGGAUUGAAAUAGUGAUCAAAUUAAUCAGUUGCUAUUUGUGCUGUUGAGUUUGUGUUUGUCACCAGCUAGUUGUCCCAUGAACAUUGCAGCUGGUAUAUCAUGUUCUCACUGAACAUUCAUGAAAUGUUUCUUUUUCAUAAAUAAGAAAGCUGUUAUGGGACUCACACAAAGGCACACAUCUUGAAAGAAUAUAGAAGAGUUAUUUUAAGUAGUUGGUUAAUCCCCUAGUAACUGAAAACUGUAGAAAACUUUCUAUGCAGCAGUUUACCGGCAAAAAUGAGCCGCUACGGGGCUAACUUUGUGUUAGCAUUGACGCACACUUUUUAAAUAUAUAUAUUUGCCUUUUUUCUAUCUUUGUGACCAAUAAUCAAGACACUUUAAAAUAAUUUAUUAAUGAAUAAACUUCCUGGGUAGUUUGCAUAAUAAAGUUGUUCAUUUGUAUGAACCGUUUUUAACAACUUAAAUACGUGGCACCAUAACAUUAAUAAAAACAAACACAAAACCACUUUGGUAACUGCAAUAAACAUAAGCAAAUAUCUGCAUCAUGUUUUCAAAAGAGCCAUAUAAUGUGUUGCAUUCACAUGUGGUAUCAUGUUUGUGUUGUAUUAGAAGCCUCCCAUGUUGUGAUCAGUUUAUUUCAUGUUAUAUUGGCAGCGCGAUGACCUGUUGAUGCGUAACACCCCAAAUGUGUGGUGCAAUAUUGUCAAUUGACAGUUAAUUACAUCCAUAUACCAUAUUUCCUCUUUGAGGCACACUGAGUGAAGGUUUUACAUUGAUUCAUUUAGCCGACACUGUUGUCCAAAGAAAGACACAAGUGAGGAAAGCUUGGGGGGUAGCUAGUAACCUGGGGGGUCGCGGGCCUUGCUCAGGGUCGUGACAGCUAGAUGUUUACUCUGCCAGCCAUACAGCUCGAACCCACAACCUUCUGGACAUGAAUUCAUAACAAAUAAUAAUAAUAACUAAUAAUGUCGAUCAAGUAAAUAAACUGGAUCUGUCUGAAUUCUGCCUAAUUGCCAAGUUGUCUGAAAUGAUAUUCCAAAUACUGUCAAGAUAAAAAAAACAUUAGAAAUUCAUUUUGCUAUCUACCAAGCUAAAAUAUGCAAAUAAAUUCUGCUGGCUGACUAAUAAGAAUAUA